AUGGGUUACCUAAAUCGGUUCCUGCCAGUGUUGUUCCUUUUCUGGACGAGUGUUCUGGCGAUGCUCCCUGCAUCAUACGAUGUUAUCUGGGAUAAACCUGGUGUCAAUGGUUCAGCCGACUCCAUGCCUCUUGGUGGCGGUGAUAUUGGCCUUAACACUUGGUACGAGAAUGGCACUAUUCUCAUGUACAUCGCCAAGAGCGGAACCUUUGACGAGAACAAUUCUCUGCUGAAGCUGGGUCGCGUCAGACUCUCCUUUGACCCCAAUCCGUUUGACAGCAAGUCGUUCGAGCAAAGGCUACUACUCAACGAUGGUUAUGUCAAGUACACUGGUGAGGACAAUGCGACUGCCAAGAUUUGGGUUGACGUCUUCAAUCCCGUUGUGCACAUCGAGGUCGAUAGCCCUGAGAGGAUCGCUGUCAAGGUCGCCUACGAAAACUGGCGCUACGAAGACCGCGAAAUCAUCAAUGAGGAGCGCAACCAAGGUUCAUGGGGCAUCUACACCUCCAAGAUCGCAAACGGCACCACCUACGCCGACAAGAUUGGCUUCCAUGAGAAUGGUGUCCUUAUGAGCCAUCGUAACGAGAAGCUGGAUCUAUGGAACUUUCAGAUGAAGCAGCAAGGACUUGAGAAGCACUCUGAUAAGAUGUACAACCCCAUGCGCAACAAUGAGUUUGGCAUCUUUGUCCAUUCCGAGCAGUUGAAACCCGGUGUCAUCACAAAUGGUCACUACAUCAACACUACUUACAAAGCUUGGAAUCUUGAGACCAAAUCUCCUAGCAAGUCUUUCAAGGUUACAUUGUCAAUGUAUCAGGCUCAGACCAAGAGUCACGAUGAGUGGUACAAAGGACUCCAGAAGGUGAUUAAGUCCGCGGUCAAGAACACCCAGGACGCGACUCUGACCUGGUGGCACAAUUACUGGGCACGAUCAUAUAUCAUCAUCAAUGAGGAAAAGGGCGAGAAGGAUUCAGGCUUCCAGGUCGGCAAAAACUACCAGAUCUGGCGAUAUCUCAUGGGAUGCAAUGCCAAGGGUGACUGGCCCACGAAGUUCAAUGGCGGUCUUUGGACUUUUGAUCCCAUCUAUGUCAAUAUUUGGCGUCCCUACACACCCGACUAUCGCCGUUGGGGAGGCGGUACCUUCACUGCCCAGAACCAACGUCUACUAUACUGGCCUCUUCUGCGAUCUGGUGACUUUGAUAUCAUGACGCAGCAGUUUGACUUUUACAAGCGCAUCACUCCCAAUGCCGUUCUUCGCGGUCAGGUCUACCAGGAUAUCGAUGCUGCGUACUUCUUGGAGCAGAUCGAUAACACUGGUUUGUCAAAUGUGUUUGAGUAUAAUGCGCAGUGGUACGAUGAUGAUGCUAAUACUCCGCGGCCUGAUUUCUUUCCUGAUGGUGAGUUGUGGAAUGUCUGGCUGAACCAUGUGCAGGAUACGGCCAAUGAGUUCGCCGAUAUGAUCCUGCAGGCCAACAUUUACUCUGGCUUCGACGUAAAGCCAUACCUCGAAUUCAUCGAGUAUCAACUGGCUUGGUUCGACAAAUUCUACACUCGGGAAAUGCAGAAGCGCAACCCUUGGCCCUUAACCGGUAUGGCUGGCAACGAAUCUCUGGUCAUAUAUCCAGGCUCUGGUGCCGAGACAUACAAAGAGUCAUAUAAUCCCGUCUCCACCCUGGCUGGUCUGCGUCAAGUUGUCAAAGAUCUUCUCAUCGUCGACGAGUAUGCACUUCAGAACAAGACCUAUUACACCAAGUACCUGGCCAAGAUCCCUGCGAACACUUUGCGCCAGCAGCAAGGUCACACUUGCAUUGCUCCCGCCGAAGCAUACACACGCGUUCAAAACAGCGAAGUUCCUCAACUUUACACUGUCUUCCCUUGGCCCGAAUACGGUCUUGGUCUUCCCAACCUCACGCACGCUAUCAACACUUAUCUCUACGACACCGAGACAUUCUCAUUCCACGGUAACACUGGCUGGAAGCAAGAUGUUAUUUGGCUUGCACGAAUGGGAUUCACAGCCAACGCGACCGCCAUGACAGAGGAGCGGUACGCACCAAGUAAAGUGUGCAAGUUUCCGACUUUUAAGGGCCCCAAUUUCGAUUGGACACCUGAUUUGAAUCACUACGGUUCUGCGGCCAUUGGACUGCAGGAGCAGCUCAUUCAGACUUUUGUUGGAAACGACAUUAGAUUGCUUGCUGCUUGGCCCAAGACUUGGGACGCGCGAUUCAAAGUUUGGGCUCCGCAUAAUACCACGGUCGAGGGUAUCGUGAAGGCUGGUAAGAUGGAGAAGCUCACGGUCCUGCCCAAACCUCGCAGCAGCGAUGUCAUUGUUGGUCAAGAUUGA